ACACUUUGUAAUAUUGCUAACCAUUCCCUUCCUAUACAUUUCACCUCAGAAUGUCUCGAAGCCUAUCCCUCCCCUGUAAAUGUAGAUGUUAGAUAUGAGCUGUGGAGCUACCAAAAGCAAAGCACAGAGAAAAAAUCCUUCAUGAGUGGGAGCUAAUGCGUGGCUAAUAGCGUAUCUCACAGUACAGAAUGGCUAAGAAACGCCAUGAUGCAUUUUAAAUGUCUCCAUUGUGCAUAUGUUCUGUAUGUUGAGGAGUGGUAUUCACUUGUAAAAAAAAAAAAAAAAAGAAAAGAUGGAGGCAAUGCUGGGAGUACCUCAUACCUUGUUAUGAUUGUUUUUUUUUCCCUUUGUGUAUUUCUAGAAUUGCUGCUCAGGUUGUAUUCACAAUAGAGGCUACAGAGACCUAUGGAAGAGAUAGCUCUUCAUGUACUUCAAUGACAGUAGCCUUGUGGCUGCAUUCAUGUGUUGUUGGGAGGGGGCGAUGCAGCAUUAAACUAAAAACACAUGACUGACUUAAAUCCUCCCCCCCACCCCCUGCUGCAACAAAGCCAGUCAAGUCCCACCACUGUAGAAACAUAGUCAUAGCCAGUGAUGAUAUAGUGUUGAUUUGGAUGUACAACAUCCAGGCUGUUGUGCCCGCGGCACUCAGAAAAAACACCUUUAUCCACCCCCUGCGUCUUCCAUGGCCUUUUAAAUCUCUGUAUGAAACAGAGUUUAUGCAGCAAACUGCUUACUUAUGAAGGCCUGAUUGAAAUGCAUAGUUGACUUAUUAGAGAAAUGGGUUGACUGUCUUGCUAAUGCAAGAUAAUGAAGCCCUGAAAGAAUUUUGUGGCAGUCCACAACCCAGUCAAACCUUAUCUGUCUGACCCAGAUGUGGUGAAACCAGGCUGUUGUACACCUCCCUGAUGUCCACUCUGUACUCAUUUUCAGUUGUUUGCAUUAUGUUUUGUUGGCAUGUUCUGCUAAAUGUAUACACCUAGGUUUGCCAUGGGAGACAUUCCUGGCUUUUGCAGUAGGAGGUGGUGUGUUCUCGUUCCUGUGUUUAGUGGUUGUAGGGGGUGUCAACCCACUUGGUCUGGACCUUCUUAAUUCCAAAUGCACUUGUAUUUUCUGUUCUCAUUCAAGCAGUCAUUUGUUCUCUUUUUAACCUGAAUGAUGAUUCAGGUUUCCAUAGGAACUGCACGCCCUCUGUGGGGAAAGGUUGCGGUACGAGCCUGUUUCCUGGGAUUCACGUUCGGGUGUGGCCUGUUAAUCAGCUUUGGCCAAACUACGUGGACACACUUUGGCUGGUACAUGAGUUCCCUGUCUUUCUUCCACUACUCGGAGUACUUGGUGACGGCCAUCAUUAACCCUCGGAGCCUGUCUCUGGACUCCUUCCUGCUCAACCACAGCGUGGAAUACACUGUGGCAGCCGUGUCCUCAUGGGUGGAGUUCACUGUGGAGAAGCUGCUGAUCCCAGAUCUAAAGCAGCUACGCUGGCUGAGUUUUGUGGGCCUGCUGAUGGUGCUGUUUGGGGAGGGUCUGCGUAAGUCUGCCAUGCUGACUGCUGGGUCCAACUUCAACCACAUCGUCCAGAACGAGAAGGCCCAGAGCCACGUGCUGGUCACCAGCGGUGUCUACUCCUGCUGCCGACACCCCUCCUAUGUGGGCUGGUUCUGCUGGAGCGUGGGCACGCAGGUAAUGCUGUGCAACCCUGUGUGUGUGCUGGCUUACGCAUUGGCCAGCUGGCGUUUCUUCCGGGACCGAAUCGAAGAGGAAGAGAUCUCGCUCAUCCACUUCUUCGGUGAUGAGUACGUGGAGUACAAGCGCAAGGUGCGCUCAGGUCUUCCCUUCAUCCAGGGCAUCCGAGUGGGGUCCUAAUCUUCCCCGGCUAACAAUUCAGGAAAAGGGGAAAACAAAUCUGGAGAUCCACCAUAGAUAGACUGGUGUGGUGGGCAGGCUAGUAGCUUGGUGACACUGUUGUGGCCUGCCUCUGGUGGCCUGGAGGACCAAGGUCAUCGCUGCACAUGGAGACACUGGCAUACUGUGCACCGCAGAGCCCUGCCCCGGCCCCUUGACAGACAGACUUGUCUGGCCAAUGCCACGGCCCUCAGACCACCACCUGUCACAUCACUCACCUGUUUGUUUAGCGUCUUCUGUUCUCACUUAGAUGGGUUGUUCAUUUUAUGUCAAAACCUUCCUUCUCAAUUUUACACACAUAUCCUCAUGAUUUAUAAAAGACAGUAUUCAGUUUAUUCCUUGCCUAUCUGUAAAGACUGCAGGUAAUGCCGUCAAUUAAUUAUUUUAAUUUAAAACAUUUUUUAGCUUGAAAUCCGAGACUUAAUUGAAAAUAAUUUCUGACAGCUUAGCCUCAGUUGAUGUCUGUGUGUGCUGAGAACUUAGUUUCCCAUGAUCCCAUUCUGACUGCUUGGUCUGUCUUAUGCCCCUCCCCACUCCAUGAUGAACCCAGUUGUGUAAGCAACAGUCAGUCUGGAGGUGCACUCGCUGUAUCUGUGAUCACUCUAACUUGUAGCUGUUAUUAUUAUUUUUCUCCAGCAGAUACACUUGGCUGCAUUAGUCUUCCAUCUAUAGGGGGAGACAAAGUCAAGUUUUCUCCUCAGCUGCUAAAGUGUUAGCCUCACUUGUCAGGAUCAUAACCUUUAUGGUACUAUGAGCUUGAUCAAUUUAACACUCAGUGACGAAAUGGCCAGUUACCACUUCUGAUGAAUCAACACCUGUAGGUGGGACUUAAGUUGGAAUGUGGCAGUUUAAACCAGCUCACCUAUUAAUCAAUAACAAAACUGAGUAAAACUUGCUAGAACCAAUCAGAUUGCAGGAAACAAAUCUCACAAACUUUAACUUCCCUUUCCUUGUGUUGAGACUCAAGACUGCUGAAGUUAUAUGCCCUUGCAUUUGAUCAGAAGGUCUUUUAAUCUUAAGCGUAGAUUUACUUUGCAAUGUGUGGCUUCUCUCUGCCCCUUGUUGAUUGACAGUAAUUGGCUACUAUUAGCCAUAUACUCUUCGGUAUCAUUCAUGCAUUUUCAGCAGAGAAUUUGCAGAUUUACAGUUACAUGCAGCUUUUACACAAUGACUACCCUUGUCCUUGUGGCAUGCAAGAGGUAAUAUGUGAAAUAUAUCCAGUUUACAGUGCUGCCAUCUGUGGAAUUAUGACACUUGGCUGAGGUAUCAAGGAUUUGUGACACAUCUGGUUUAGCAUGCUAAGAAUUAUAGGAAAUUUGGAAAGCCAAUCCAAUUGACUGUUUUCUAGAAUUCUUUACUGUACACCUAAAAUAUGACCUCACCUACAAUAAUCUGGCAUGUGUCUGUAUGCGAUUUGGGUAGAAGACCCAAAAGAUACAAUAUCUGUGGAUAUUGGAUCAGAUGCAGUCCAUUAUCUGACUAGUUUUCAAUGUAAAAACUGUAUGGCUUGAAUGAAGCUUAUUUUUUACCGGAGUGUAAUUCCCCAAAUGAAAAAUUGCUUAUAAGAAAAAAUUGGAAUCUCAUCAAUAUCAUAAACACUAUUGGCGUGAAGGGAAAGCAUGUGUAAAAUGACCAAUUUGAAAUGAGGUGAAUCCCUCCCAUUAGAUAUUUGAAUUCUUUAGGGAAGCAUCCCACUACUAUUCUGGCUAGUGGGGUUCAGUUGCUGUGAACUAACGUGCUUGCGAGUGGAUUCAAUUCGUAGUGGAAUAAUGGGAUAGAAAUUUGUCAGUUGAAGAGUUAUAAUGUAACUAUGUUUGGAGUUUAUAAACUCAGGAGUCAAUUUUUAUAGCACGUUUGGCCGAAAAAUGUUAGCAGUAUUUGAGUUCAAAAUGGCAGUGUAGCAUUACAGGUGUUCCCCAGAAAUAAUUUUGAUUUAUAGAAGUAAAAACUUGGGGG